UCCGAUCGGCCUCUGGAUUAUACUGUGAAGAUGCCUGUGCUAGAACAAGAACCUUCCAGAGACAGCCAUGGCCUACCCACACUACCUGUACCAGACCUGCAGCAAACCCUGUCUUCAUACCUGAGGUGUGUGAAACAUCUCGUGCCUGAAGCUCAGUUUCAGAAGACCAAAGACGUGGUGGAGAAGUUCGGCAAACCAGGAGGUACAGGAGAGAUGCUCCAGAAGAAACUACUGGAGAGGAGAGACAAGACCAAGAACUGGGUUUAUGAUUACUGGCUGGAGGACAUGUACCUGAACAACAGACUGGCACUUCCUGUUAACUCCAGUCCCGUCCUGGUGUUUCCCAGACAGGACUUCAGAGACAGAGACGACUCCCUCAGAUUUGCUGCUCGUCUGAUGUCAGGUGUGAUGGAGUAUAAAGCCAUGCUGGACAGGAGGACUUUACCCCCGGAUUGUGUCCGAGGUCAGGAGGUCGGCGCUCAGCUGUGUAUGGAGCAGUAUUACCGUUUCUUCACAUCCUACAGGCGACCUGGACCGAACAAAGACUCACUGAUCACGCAGAGCAGCACAGGAGCUCAGAAAGCACCUGAACUCGGACACGUCAUAGUGGCCUGCAGCAACCAGUUCUUCGUGUUAAAUCUGACGGAGAAAUCACGGAGGCUGGACGAGAGUGAUGUCCUCACCCAGCUGGUCAGGAUCAGUAAAAUGGCAGAGAAGGUCGAGGAGAAACGUCCCCCCGUCGGCCUCUUCACCUCGGACGGCCGCACAGACUGGGCUAAAGCUAGAGACUUGCUGCUGAAAGACCCAGUGAACCGUGAGUCUCUGGAGCUGAUGGAGCGGUGUGUGUGUGUGCUGUGUCUGGAUGAACCCACUGGAGUUCAGCCCACCGACUCCAACAGAGCGGCACUCAUUCUGCACGGCGGUGGUCAUGACAAGAACGGCGCCAACCGCUGGUACGACAAGUCGGUGCAGUUUGUGGUUGGUGCUGAUGGUGUCUGUGGAGUGGUGUGUGAACACUCACCUUUCGAGGGGAUCGUUCUGGUCCAGUGCACUGAAUACCUGUUGAGAUCCAGAAGCCCCAGUAAGCUGAUGAAGAGGUCCAGCGUGAGCGAUCUUCCAGCUCCACAAAGACUCUACUGGAAUUGUUCUUCUCAGAUCCUGAGCAUGCUCUCAUCCUCUGCUAACAACCUUCAGAGACUCGUAAGAAACCUGGAUAUGGAGGUUUUCACAUUCCGAGGAUACGGCAAAGAGUUUAUUAAGAAGCAGAAGAUGAGUCCUGACGCUUACAUCCAGGUGGCGCUACAGCUGGCCGUCUACAGAUGCACCAGGAGGUUAGUCUCCACCUACGAGAGCGCCUCCACCCGCCGCUUCCUUCAUGGUCGUGUUGACAACAUCCGCUCGUCCACUGCCGAGGCGCUGCACUUCUCUAAAGCCAUGACAGAUGAGGGAGUGUGUGUGCAGGACUCCGAGAAGAUGGAGAGACUGAGGAAGGCUAUAGACAUACAGAGCCACAACACCAAGAUGGCCGUUACAGGAUUUGGAAUAGAUAAUCACCUGCUGGGCCUUCGGGAAAUUGCCCGAGAGCUGAAGAUGGAAACUCCAGACAUCUUCACAGAUGAGACGUAUAUCCUCAGCAACCAGUUCAUCCUCUCCACUAGUCAGGUCCCUACAACAGUAGACAUGUUCUGCUGUUAUGGCCCAGUGGUUGCUCAUGGUUAUGGGGCAUGUUACAAUCCACAGGCUGAACACAUCCUGUUCUGCGUGUCCAGUUUCCGUGAGUGUGUGUCCACAUCAUCUCUGCUGCUGGUGAAGGCUCUAGAUCAAGCACUUACAGACAUGAGGGAGCUGUGCAAUAGAUGCAACACUGUCGGUCAGAAUGAGGGUGGGGCUAAGCCAGCCAUGCCCAGGAAGUAAGUCACGAUAAGAGCUUCAGAUAUCUUCAUUUAUCACUAAUGUAAUUUCUAUUGCUAGCUAGCUUGUAAUGACUUUUCGCUCGUGGACUACUGAUGAUUAUACUGUAGCACAUUACAUUCAGGGUCGGUCCGGUUUCGUGUGGCAAUAAUUACUCAUAAUGAUCUAAAAUGUGAUAUGCAGUAUAAAUAUGGGUUAAGUUCAAAUGAUAACCAGCUAGCUAGAGAUUAAUAUUAAUGCAUAAAACGGAGUGCGUGCUAGAUUCUGUAGACGUGUCAGUGCAUGAACCCCACAGUCACCUUCAGAGAUUAUUUACAGCCAAAAUGCUGACAGAUAACUAAUCAAAUUGUGUAUGUAUAAAACAAUAUCACAAACCAUGUUGAAUGUUUCACAAUCAUCCAAGACAAAUGUGUGGGAAUUAUGAAAAGAAUAUCGGUGCAUCUGGUUUCAUGAAAUACAGACAGAGCCUACAGAUGUGUUUAGUUUAAUACAGCAGAAAAAAAAAGGAUAAUGAAUAUGAUUUGCAUGUCCAGUGUGAGAUACAUAUUGUAGCUCUAUAAUCUAUGGAAAUUUCUUAUGUUACUUUUGUUGUUGUUUAGUGUGAUAAAAAGUGCCCUGUUUAACAGAUACUGUGAUGGCCUGAACACUGUGAUACUCAGUCGUGCCAUUAUCACACCCGAAAUUUAUUCCUGUUGUACAAAGUAUAAGAAAAGCAAGUGAAAGUUAUUUAUAAAGGUUAUUUAUAAAACAGGAUAUGUGCAGAACUUCCAGGUAGCAGAGUGUUGGCUGUUUGUAUUGUAUUGAACUGAGCUUACACUUUCUGUGGGUCUAAUAUUUGCAGGGUCCCAAUUUUCCAAGAAAAUCAGGUUGCUAUGGUUGCCAGAAUUGUAUUUUACCUUAUUUCGAUGUUCCCAGGGACCUAUGAGAUAAGUGUCUUCAAGUUUCCAGCAUUUGUGAUGGAACGCUUCCUGAGCCUCGUUGUAUCUUAGAGAUUAGUGGCUAGUGCUAAAGUUUUUGGGGCCUGGUAACAGAGUACUCUGGCCCCUAGACAUCUACAGUAUAUGUUCUAUAGCACCAGUGUCCUAUAGUAUGGAGCAAAAAUCUUGUAAACAGAUGCUGUAUGAGGUAUACAGUAUGUGUCUUCGUAAAGAAUUCUACAGAGCAGGAAAUAGUGGUGAAAUAUUUCAGUUCAGUAAUUGGUGUGACCCUUUGCUGAGUAGUCUCAGGUACACUGUAUAUAGGUUUCUCAGGAAAUCAGUGUAUUUGACAUCACAGAGGAUUUGACACAUUUCUUAUGACAAUUCUUUUUAAUUUAUUUGUUUUUUAAUUGGGGCACGGUGGCUUAGUGGUUAGCACGUUCGCCUCACACCUCCAG